AUGCUUAACAAAAUUCUAAUAAUAUUUUGUUUAAUAAUCAAAACCCAUUCAUGGACUUGGAAGGAUUAUCCAUCCCCUAGAGGACCAGAUUAUUGGAAAUGUGGAGUUACAAAACCAACAUAUGUUUGUGAUCCAGAUGGAAUGUUAACUGAUCAACAGAGGAAAGAAAUAGUUGAUUUAGUUGAGGAUUUUAAGGAAAAAACUAAAAGACCAAAAUCAUCAAAUCCUUGUAUGAGAGAAGGUCUUAGACUUGUGGUGGCUUUAUCAAAAUAUAAAAUUGGCCUUGAAGAUGUUUCCCCUGGAAAAACCGUAAGUUUUUUAUGAAU